CCAGUUGACAGCUUUUCAGGUGACGCAUCAUUCCAACCGCGCACACACGUGUGUUGGUCAACGUUGCAAGUCAAGCAGGGACAACCAUACAGACAGACAGGCUCAAGAUUUUGUCUGGGUCUAUCUAUGAUGGACAGACAACCCUCACACACGUGCAAAGGAAGAAAGCAACCAUGGCCAGCCAGCCGUGUGCCCCGCCCGACACAUCCCUCCCUCCCUGCAGGUCAGUCAGUGAUAGAUACCCUUGUCUCACUGCUUCUUGUCGCUGUCGUCUUUCUUGUCGCCAUCCUUCUUGUCGCCACCCUCCGCACCAGACGGACCCUCACCCUGCCCACCAUGCAGCUGCACACACAACCACACCAACCACAUCCACGGACACUUCCGUGGAGGAUGGAUGGACAGAUGCGUACCUGCUGCAGUGCCUCCCUGAUGCGGGGGUCGUUGACGUCGACGCCCGGCAGGCUCCCCAACAUCUGACCUCACACACACACACGCACAUGCAUAGAGGAUCGGCGGCAUGACAUCCUUGUCUGCUUCUGUGUGUACCCGCUCCACGAACGCGGGAUCUUGAAACAUGGCAUCCCCCCCAGCACCGGCAGCACCCCCAGCACCAGCACUUGCAGCAGCGGCAGCGGCGGCGGUCUGGCCCUCACCGCCACCACCAGCGGCAGCAGCACUUGCUGAGGCACCUGCCGACCCAAUGACACACACACAGGCAAAGCGUCGUGAGAAAGAGAGAAAGAGAGAGAAAGAGAGAGAAAGAGAGAGUGCCGCGCAUGUGUGUGUGCGCACCUGCAGCAGUGGCAGCGGCAGGUGCAGCGGGCUGCUCCUCCUGCUUGGCCUGCUCCAUCGGCACGUCUGCACACACACACAGAUAUGAACAGCAUGUGCAUCACCUCGCACCCGUCACCGCUGCCAGCCUCCCUACCAGCGGCCGGCGGUGCGGCGUCUUCCUGCAGCGACAGCAGCAGCGCCUGACGCAACUCGUCGUCAACACCUGCUUAGAAAUAUGGACACACAUGUGUGUGUGAGGCCGUGAUGUCCAUGCGCACGCACACACAGGAAUGAAGCAGACGCACCUUCCAUGGCCUCGAUCUCUGCACGCGUCAUGGCGCGGUCGGCUGAUGUGUCCGCUGGUGCCGCCGGGGCAGCUGUAGAACGAGAAAAGAACACAUUCACGUAUGUUUGUGCUGUGAAUGAGUGAACACGCUCACUCGUACCUGCGGUCUGUGCCUGUGUCUGCCCCUCCUGUGCUGUGGCCGUGGCUGUGCCGCCCUCUUGUGCAGGCUGUUGCUCCUGCUGCUGCUGCUGUUGGCCGGCUGGCGCAUCUGAGGGGACACGUGUAUGUAUCCUCCAUCAUGUGGGUGAGUGUUGGUGGUGUGGGUAUGGGUAUGAGGGCAGUCGACUCACUGACCUUCCUGUCCCUUUUGCUGUCUGCUUCUCUCCUCCUCGAGCGAGAUGCGCAGCGCCAUGUACAACUCGGGAUCUGCACUCACACACACGACGACACAACACACCAUGACACACACACUCCAUCCACUCAUGAGUGUGUGUGGUGUGUGAGGAGAUACCGACCUGCGUUUGGGUCGACGCCGAACUCGUUGGCGCCGCCCCCGCCAGUCGCAGCACCGCCCGGCACACCUGCGCACACACACACAGACAGGCGCAGUGUGUGCGAUCGGUCUGUGUGCUUGAGGACAUCUGCGUGUCGACCGACGUACCUCCUCCUUCAGUGUCCAUGGGAACGCCGUCCUCGCCGCCGGACAUCUCGACUGAGUCAACAGAUAGAACCCUGUGUGCGUGUUGUGGUUGUGCGUACUGAUGGGCGAUGACAGCAGGUAGUCCGACAAGAUGCGAUCAGAGGGCACCUGUGCAAGGACGCGCCGACACACAGGUGAGCGCAUUUCUUCCCCUCUUUGCUGUGUGUAUCUCUGUCCCUAUGUCCCUCUGUGUAUAUGUGUUUGUACCUCCACCAGGUGGGAGUUGUUGUUGCUGUCGACAGUGGCGAUCAGCUUGGACAACUUGGCGCUGUUGGGCUGCGUAUCGCCUGCAUGCACACACACGUGCAGCCACAGACAAGACCCCCACACAGACACGUUCCAUCUCUUUCUGUCUGUCUGUCUGUCUCUGUGUGUGUGCGUCUGGUGGGAGGUGCACCGAACGAGAUGAGGUCCAGCGCGACGUUGUUCUUCUUCAGGUUCUUGCCUGCGCAGAAAUGCGCACACAGACAGACAGAUGAAUAUUCACGUGUCUGUGUCUGUGUCUGUGUGUGGGGAGGGAGACUACCGAUGGUCUCGAGUUGCUUCUCCGUGGCCUCGACGGGCGAACCGAUGAAACACACUGAUGACGACACGCGAUACACACACACACACCUGGGUGUGUGUAGACAGACAAGUGUGUGGGUACCGAUGCGCUGCUUCUGGUUCUUGUUGGGCCGAUGCUUCAAAGCCAGCUGCACACACACAUUCAUGCCUUCCUGUACAGAGGCUGCUGCGCUGCGCUGCGCAGACGCACCUGUGCGGUCUGGAUGCCUCGCAGGAAAUCGCUCGUCCCGGCAAUCGAUAUCUGCACUCAGUGGACACGAACCAUCACACGCACACACACGCUGCAUACAUUUCUUGACUCGGCUGCUCGUCGUCACCUCACCUGGCUGAGUCCGCUGAGCAUCUUGCCGAGGUCAACCGUGGGCGUCACGCGCACCUCAACGCUGCACACACACACACACACAUGCACACGGGGACACAUACGAGUUGUCUUGUGUUGUAUUAGGUGGUGUUGUUGCGUCAAGGUCGCGCACCGUUCGCCAGCCAUGGUCAUGAUGCCGACAGAGUUCUCCGGGUGCUGCUGCGUCUUGGCGCCACAUAUCAAAUUCGCACUGUCCAACUGAUGGAUGUAAGGACAAUACACACAGCCAUACACAACAAAGAGUCACCCAGAACGAGGCCCUUGUUUGGUGCACAUCUCUCUCCCUCUCUCUGCCCUCCCUCCCUGCGCCAGCCCACAUCCAUCUACCUGUGCUUCGAAUCGCGUCGGGCUCACGUCACCAUUGCGCGUGUACUCACUGUUGUCUGGUGGCAGGGAGGGAAGGACACAGACAGACAGACAGACAGACAGACAGACAGGCAGGCAGACAGACAGACAAGAGAUGCCGGCGCAAUCAACACACGUGAUCACGUCUAUGCCGGGUGCAUCUCUCUCUGCCUUUCUGGGUUGUGAGCGUGCGUACCGAUGCACAGCAGCGUCGCCUCCAGCGGCAUCUUGUCUUGGUCAAAUCAGGCACUGCUUGCCUCUACACACACGCACAGGCAUCCCCAGAGAGAGACAGACUCAGAUGCAGGCCACCCAGACCGACUUUUUCGCCCGUUUCUUGCUUCAUUACCGGUGUGUGCACUCUCUGCGAACCGCACAAGCCCGUCAGCAGCCAAGAAACCGAGACUCGCCUUAGGAGAUCG